AGGGGAGAAGGGGGAGAGGUGCUGUAUGUGAACACGUCCAAAAGAGAGAUGGCAACGUCAACGCGCAUAAUGAUGAGCCCAUGGACCUGUCGGAUGUGAACGCGCUUUUUCUUCCCGUUGCCGAUCGACCCCUGCGUGAACAUAUCUGAUCAUCUUACAUCGAUCGGCGCAUCUCACCUCAAGUGACCAGAAACCCUAGCCGACCACAAGGACAUUUCUUCAAGUGCUCUCCUUUCGGCGUUUAGGAGGGACGAGAGGAGACCGUCUGCGCUUCUCCGCAUCAUCCUGCGAUUCCCCAUCACAAUGGCUCUGACCAUUUGCACCAGAUUUACGGACGAAUAUCAGCUUUAUGAGGAGCUCGGAAAGGGAGCGUUUUCUGUUGUGAGACGAUGCGUGAAAAUAUCAUCCGGCCAAGAGUAUGCAGCCAAAAUCAUCAACACCAAGAAGCUGUCAGCCAGGGAUCACCAGAAGUUGGAGAGAGAGGCCAGAAUUUGCCGUCUCUUGAAACACCCGAAUAUCGUGCGACUUCAUGACAGCAUAUCGGAGGAGGGCUUCCAUUACCUAGUUUUUGAUCUGGUUACCGGAGGUGAGCUGUUUGAAGAUAUCGUAGCACGGGAAUACUAUAGCGAAGCCGAUGCCAGUCACUGCAUUCAGCAGAUUUUGGAGAGCGUUCAUCACUGCCAUGUCAAUGGGAUUGUCCACCGAGACCUGAAGCCUGAAAAUUUGCUGUUGGCCAGUAAGAUGAAGGGAGCUGCAGUUAAGCUUGCUGACUUUGGUUUGGCCAUAGAGGUCCAAGGUGAUCAGCAGGCAUGGUUUGGUUUUGCUGGUACACCAGGUUAUCUGUCUCCAGAGGUUUUGAGGAAAGAUCCUUAUGGCAAACCCGUAGACAUGUGGGCCUGUGGUGUAAUUCUCUACAUCCUGCUGGUUGGAUAUCCGCCAUUUUGGGAUGAAGACCAGCAUCGCCUAUACCAGCAGAUCAAGGCUGGCGCCUAUGACUUUCCCUCCCCGGAGUGGGACACAGUGACCCCUGAAGCGAAGGACUUGAUUAAUAAGAUGUUGACCAUCAACCCUUCCAAACGCAUCACGGCUUCCGAAGCUCUCAAACACCCCUGGAUCUGCCAACGUUCAACCGUAGCCUCGAUGAUGCACAGACAGGAGACCGUUGAGUGCUUGAAGAAGUUUAAUGCCAGAAGAAAGCUCAAGGGUGCAAUUUUGACCACUCUGCUGGUCACAAGAAACUUUUCAGCAGCCAAAAGCUUGCUGAACAAGAAGCAAGAUGGUGUGAAGGUUAACAACAAAACCAACCUAGCCAGCAGCCCCAAAGAAACAGGGCCUGCCCCAGCACUGGAGCCACAAACUACCGUGAUUCACAACCCAGUGGAUAGAAACAAGGAAUCUACCGAGAGUGCCAAUACUACUAUUGAGGAUGAGGACCUCAAAGCCAGACGAUUUGGAAACCUCUGCAUUAAUUCAAUCUGGCAACCCGCGGGGCGCCCGCAAAACUCCGAGCCCAAGCAGGCGCCCAGCUCCUCGGCGCAGCCUUGCCAAGCUAUCAAUAAAGCCCGAAAGCAGGAAAUCAUCAAGGUGACCGAACAGUUGAUUGAAUCCAUCAACAACGGCGACUUUGAGGCUUACGCAAAGAUUUGCGAUCCUGGUUUAACUUCAUUUGAGCCCGAGGCACUGGGAAACCUGGUGGAGGGACAUGAUUUCCACCGGUUCUACUUUGAUAACGCAUUGUCCAAAGGUAAUAAACCUGUCCACACCAUCCUGCUGAACCCACACGUGCAUCUAAUUGGCGAGGAUGCUGCGUGCAUCGCGUACAUCCGUCUGACUCAAUACAUGGACGGGAGCGGGAUGCCACGCACCAUGCAGUCCGAGGAGACUCGCGUCUGGCACCGCCGAGACGGAAAGUGGCUGAACAUCCACUUUCAUCGCUCUGGAGCCCCCAGUGUGCCCAUCAAUUAAGCUUCAGUUUCCCCAACCGAGGAGUACCAUCAGCAAAAACCCAACUGUCUGUCAAUCAAGCUGGAGGUGUGUCACAUAAGCCACACCCACUUCCCUACAACCACACCCCCUUCCUCUUCGAGAGUCGUUUACUUUUAUCGCACAUGGACCAGAGAGUUCAAACAUUUUGCUGGAGGUCAUCACCUACACCAAAAGCCGUGGGCCAUUCGCAUAUAUGGACAUUAAUAAAAAGGAGUGUAUUUUUAACAUUUUAUUUCCGUUUCUUUUUUUAAGCCGUUUUGGUAUGCAUUUUAAAUGUAUAGAUAUGUAAAGAGAAUCACCUUUCCCCAAGUCUGUACUGUAUUUUUAUGUCUAUUUAUGUGUGUGCAAUAUAUCACAUUUUGAAAGAUACGAAUGUUAAUAUCGAGCUUGCUAUCGUUCUGGUGAUGUACAUAUGUUGUGAUCGUUCAGAUAAAAACGAUAAAAUAAAAAAACUUUAUCUUUAAAAAUAUGGCUUACAGCUAACUGAGAACAUUUUAGUAAACGCCGUCGAAGAGCUUUGUUUAUAUUCGCUAGCUUACAAUGUUUGGCUCUUUAACGAUUCCAAUUUACUUGAUUUAUGACAAAUGCAAAAUACUAAUACGAACUGUAUGUUUACCUUUAUGUCAUAGAAUAUGAAAAAAACAGAUAUCGAAGAGAAUGUAGCAUAUAUGAUACAUCAAACUGACAAGUAUUGGGUAUUGCAUGGAGGACUAUUUUUCAUCAUUUAUUUAUUUAUUUGUUAUUUUUUUGCUCUUAUGAUAUGUAAUUGUUUCCUUAUAUUUAAUGUUUUUUAUCAGUAACAAACAGAUCUGUCUCGGUAAUGAUAAUGGUGACUAUAUUAUCAUUAUGACCAACAUAUCUAUACCUACAGAUCUGCGUAGCUUAAUUUUCCUAUACUAGGUGUGUGUGUGAAAAUAUUAUCCUUUGACUUUAUAUCAUGGCUUGUAUGAGAAACCAAGUAGCUUAUGAGAAACCACGUGUAUCAUUUUCACGCAUAUUUGUGCUUUUUAUUUAUCCUGACGUUGUUUUGCCAAUAGCAAAAAGAGCAAGAUUGAGCCAAGGCCGAUAUUCAAGCAUGCACACUGCCCUUAGUGGCGACAUUGUGUCUGUGCGCCACUACAUUGGAAGAUGAUGAUGUCAUAGAUGGUGAUGUCAGAUGGUCUUCCUUGAGGAAAAACCUCACCACUACUGGACUAUGCCAAUGCCAUUUCUGACAUCUCAUUUCCUUUUUCUCUCUUCUUAAAAGGAUAUUUCCUCUGCUGAUAUCUACGGAAACCUCAAGGCCAAUAUGAGGGUGUGAACUACCAUAAUUUGUUGCCAUGCUGGCACUAGCAAAUCAACAUAUUUAAUGAAAAAUACAAUAAAAGUGUGAUAUGUACUGAA